CCUCCAAUUAUUGUAAUAUGAGUAUGGGUAUGGCAAUUGCAUUCCUUGGUGUUUUGGCUCUUCUUGUUAGCAACUCAUGUUCCGCACCAACCGAACCCGGUUCGCCAACUCUUUCCAAUGACGUUACGUUGCUAAACCGGAGUAGUUUUCCAGCAGGUUUCAUCUUUGGGACUGCCUCCUCUGCUUACCAGUAUGAAGGUGCUGCUAAUGAAGGUGGCAGGGGACCAAGUAUAUGGGACACCUUAACUCAUCAACACCCAGAAAAAGUACAAGACGGAAGCAAUGGAGAUGUAGCUGUUGAUCAGUAUCAUCGUUAUAAGGAAGAUGUUGCGAUCAUGAAGUAUGUGAAUACGGAUGCCUACAGAUUCUCUAUUUCUUGGUCUAGAAUAUUGCCUAAAGGAAAAAUUAGUUCGGGCAUAAAUCAAGAAGGAAUAAAAUAUUACAACAACCUUAUCAAUGAGCUUCUCGCUAAUGGUCUAGAACCAUUUGUGACCCUUUUUCAUUUUGAUCUUCCCCAAGCCUUACAAGAUGAGUACAGUGGCUUCUACAGCCCUAAUAUUAUAAAGGAUUUUGAAGAUUAUUCGGAAUUAUGCUUUAAAGAAUUUGGAGAUAGAGUGAAAUAUUGGAUUACACUAAACGAACCAUGGACUUAUAGUGUUGGUGUAGAUAAGCCUUACCUCGCCACACACUAUCAACUUCUUGCUCAUGCCGCUGCUGUCCAAAUUUAUAAAGCUAAAUAUCAGGUUUCUCAGAAAGGCUUGAUAGGCAUCACGUUAAAUUGUGGUUGGUUCUUGCCAUACUCAAACAACACUUUGGAUAUCCAUGCUGCUCAAAGAGCUCUUGAUUUCGCGCUUGGAUGGUUUAUGGAACCAAUAACAAGAGGAAAGUAUCCAAGAUCCAUGGAGAAGUAUGUGGGGAGCCGGCUACCAAAUUUCAGCGAAGAGCAAUCUAAGCAACUUAUAGGUUCAUUUGAUUUUAUUGGACUCAAUUAUUACACUUCUAAUUAUGCUGCUCAUUUACUCCAUCCAAACAAUGACACCGAUCCUACCUAUUGGACGGAUCAACAUGUCAAUUUGACAACUGAGCGAAAUGGGAUACCCAUUGGGCCAAGGGCUGCUUCAUCUUGGCUAUAUGUCUAUCCAAAGGGAAUUCAAGAAAUAUUGUUGUACAUAACGAAAACAUAUAACAACCCUUUAAUUUACAUCACAGAAAAUGGUAUUGAUGAGUUCAAUGAUCCAACACUAUCACUUGAAGAAGCCCUUAUAGAUACUUUUAGAAUUGAUUACCAUUAUCGCCACCUUUAUUAUGUUUCAACCGCAAUCAAGGGAGGUGCGAAUGUAAAGGGGUAUUUUGCAUGGACAUUUUCGGAUAACUUUGAAUGGAACAGUGGCUAUAAUCAGCGCUUUGGACUUGUCUUCAUUGACUACAAAGAUAAUUUGAAAAGACACCAAAAGCUUUCUGCUCGUUGGUUUGGCAACUUCCUCAAAAGAAAUUGAGAGUGGA